AUGCAGAAACUACGUGAGAAGCUCCGAGAUUCCAAACUCCAUGAUGCAAAGAUCGAGGCACUUCACUUCAAGAACAAGGUUGGUAAAUUGGGCAACGUGAUCAAUCCUAACCAUCGUCACGAUGAAGAGCAUGAGAAAGAGACCGAUCGCAAACGUACUUCGGUGUGUGACCAGCAUCGAUUCCACUCGUACUUCCCUGAGCGCGACGACAACAAAAUCAAGUGGUAUGUAGAUGGUCGCGAUUACUUCUGGGCUGUGUCCAUAGCCAUAGAGGAGGCCAAGGAGGUCAUCUACAUCGCUGAUUGGUGGUUGUCGCCAGAGCUAUUUCUUCGUCGACCUGCCUUCUUCAAUCAAGAAUGGCGUUUAGAUCAGACCAUUAAGCGAGCCGCCGAAAGAGGUGUUGAGGUCUAUGUCUGUGUCUACAAAGAAGUUGCGCAAGCAUUGACAUGCAACUCCGCGCACACAAAGCAUGCUUUGAGAGCACUGUGUCCCCCAGGCACUCCUGGACACGGCAAGAUUCACGUUAUGCGACAUCCUGACCAUAACUUGUUCGAGAAUUUAGGCGAUAUGACCUUUUAUUGGGCUCAUCACGAGAAAUUCAUUGUGAUUGACUACCACAUGGCUUUCAUUGGUGGUCUUGAUAUGUGCUAUGGAAGAUGGGAUGUUCGUCAUCACAUGCUAGCAGAUGUUCACCCCUCAGGCGUGCAGAAUGAGGUCUGGCCUGGCCAAGACUACAACAACAACAGAAUCAUGGACUUUCAAUCUGUCCAGGAUUGGGCUGCCAACGAGCUCGAAAAGACUGACUUUGGCCGAAUGCCUUGGCACGACGUGGCGAUGGGACUCAUUGGCGAGUGUGUUCUGGAUAUAGCCGAACACUUUGUCCUUCGUUGGAACUUCAUCAAGCGUGACAAGUACAAGCGCGACGAAACAGUUGACUGGAUAUGUUUUACUCCGUUGUCUAGAGCUAACGGCCACAGCCCAGACGAGGACCUGACUGGCGUGCAAAGACCCAAACAUCCAGUCGGUAGAUAUGUGGAACAUCCUCUAAGUCCAUUGGAGACCAAGAAUCUUCAAGGUCAGGGCUCGGUCAAGGCACAGAUUGUCCGAAGUAGUGCGGAUUGGUCCAGUGGAAUAUUGACUGAUCACAGUAUACAGAACGCUUAUGCGGAAAUCAUUGAAAAGGCAGAACACUUCGUGUACAUUGAAAACCAGUUUUUCAUAACGGCAACAGGUGAUCAGCAGAAACCAGUCGAGAACACGAUCGGCCGCGCAAUCGUGAAUGCGUGUAUCAGAGCGGCAAAGGAGAAUCGAAAGUUCAGAGUGAUUAUUAUCAUACCUGCGAUCCCUGGAUUUGCUGGUGAUCUGCGUCAAGAUGCUGCAGCAGGCACCCGAGCCAUUAUGAACUACCAGUACAAGUCCAUCAAUCGGGGAGAGCACAGUAUUAUGGGUCAAAUUGCCAAAGCAGGUUAUGAUCCCAGUAAAUAUAUCUUCUGCUUCAAUCUCCGAGCCUAUGAUCGUAUCAACAAGACUCCUGCGCUUGUAAAACAAGAGGAAGAAUCAGGUGUCACCUAUCAACAACUUCAACGUGCAGAAGCUGAAGAGAUUAUGGGCACUGGCAUUCACGGUUACGAAGGGGAGAAGGAAGAGAAAGAGUCGAAAGGUUCAAAGACCGCUGGUCAAAAAAUCAGCGAUGAUGAACGUCAGCGAAUUAUUGACCGAAAGCGAAGAUUUGAAGAAUCCAGGAAUAACAUGGACGUCGAAGACCCAAUUCACUCGGCCGAUUCUAUCGCGGAAGAUGCGAUGGCACGCGGAGGUACGGUGACAGAGGAAGUUUGGGAGGGCGAGGAUAAAGAAGGAGAGAAGCAACAUUUUGUCCAGGAGGAGCUUUACAUCCACGCCAAACUACUAAUUGUGGAUGACCGCAUUGUUGUGUGCGGCAGUUCCAACUUGAAUGAUCGAUCACAACUUGGAUAUCAUGAUUCCGAGCUGUCAAUAGUGAUGGAAGAUCGUCGUGUGCUUGAAUCGACAAUGGAUGGACAGCCGUACCAAGCUGGUUAUCAUGCCGCGAGCCUUCGUCGCCAUCUUUGGCGCGAACACCUGGGUAUCAUCGAAGCUCAAGAGUUGGAUGGAACGAACGACCCGAAUGCUCAGCCGCCAACACAUGCCAUGAACGAGGAAUAUAGUGGUGAGGAAUGGGAUGCAGUAGCUGAUCCAUUGAACGACCAUCUGUGGGAUCUAUGGUGCACCCAGGCGAGUACGAACACACAAGUAUACAGAUACCUGUUCAGAGCUGAUCCUGACGAUCACAUCAAAACAUGGAAGGACUACGACAGAUUCUCGCCUCGUGAUACAGUGAAACAAGGCCAUCUGCACGAUCCUUACAUGCCUGUCGACACAGUGAAGAAGGAGAUGGAUAAAAUCAGGGGACACCUUGUCUGGAUGCCAUUAGACUUCUUGUGCGAAGAAGAAAUGGCAAAAUGGGGUGUGCAAGUGAACAGCGUGACGGAGGUAAUCUACACGUAG